AUGGUACAGCAACUCGUUCAGGUUUGUUUUUUUCAUAAAUGAUGAAACUUGGAUUUUUAUCGAUUUUUUAGGCUCGCUUGGGUGAUCACAUCGAACAACCUUGUGUUGCUUCGCCAGAAUCUCAUGACUGGUUUAAUAUGAAAAUCGAUGAGCUUGGGGAGGUGUCAGCUCUUCUAAAGAGCUCAGUCAGACAUCUUCCGCCAGCUGGAAAAUUGACAGUGGAAUUUGUUUUGUACACAGCGUCUGGACAGUUUUUGCCUUUGGAAACUUGGUGAGUUAAUUUUUUUUAAAGAUUUUUUUUGAAAAAAAAAUUUUCCAGGUCCUUAACAGUUGACGAUCAAAAGGCUGACACUAACAUGAAUAUGUCAUCAGAUUUGUACCAUCAAUUGAGCACACUUUUAAGGUUAGUUUGAUCUUAUGAUUUCCCAAAACCCCAAUUUGUUUUUAUUGUAGAUCUGUAACAUGUGCCGCUCGAAUGACACCAAUGCAUCGUCUUUAUGUCAAAAAACAAAAUAUUGAUUCGUUUAUCAUAAUGUAUAGAGUAAGUUUUUGAAUAUUUUGGUGGAAAAAAUUCAGAUUUCAAUAUUGAAAUUUGGAUUCUAUCAGAAUGCAGAAUCCAUAAUUUCUCGAUUUUCCAGAUUUAUGAUUGCACUGGAAUUUCGGAUCUUGGAGAAGAAUCAAAGCACAGAAGAUUGGCUGAACUUCCAACACAAUAUGGAACUGUUUGUUUGGAUUUGACAUAUCGAACCAAAAUGCAUUUUGAUUUUGAUGAAAAGCAAGCGUGAGUAUAAAACCGACACUGAACUCACAUCAAAUAGAAAAAUAAGAUAAUGUUUCAGUGAAAGUGAGGAAGAUGAUCCUGACAAAACCUUGGAGAGCGAUGAAACUCCAACACCAUCAAUCCCAAAUCGUCCUUCACUUUCAAAUUGCAUCCCAUUAACAGCUGAGACGGCCAAAGGCGAGAAAAUUGUCACAACACCAAUGAGCGCAACAACUUGCAAUUUUCAAGCAGCUAGUGAGGAAAGCAAGAAAACUGGCCCGAAAUUCAUAUUGGGUCAAUCGACUUCAAGCGAAGAGUCGAGAAAUUCAGAACAACCAAAUUCGGUGGAAGAUGAUGAUAAACCACCGAUUGCAUUGCUUAAGAAAAACUCUUUUCCAUUUUUGUCACUUUUACAAUCUUCAUAUGCUCCGAAAGAGAAGAAAAAUAGUGAAGCCAGUUUGUGUGAGUUUACAGUAUACUGAAAAUGUACUGAAAUUGUAUUAUGAAUGUAGUUUUUAACUACACAUGAAUUUUUCAGCCAAAACCACAUUUCUAAAAAUGAAAAAAAGUUUUUCAGGCUCAAGAAUUCCGGAGACUCUUUCUGAAAAUGAUAUAACUAACAAAAAUUUGGAAGGAAAUGAGGAGAGUGUGAAGAAUGAUGAGAAUGCAGACAAAGAAAAGGAAAAAGAAGAGGAUGACAAAAAUAUGGAAGGAUCUUCGAAUGAAAUGAUGGUUAGCGAAGAAUCCUUUGUUGAUGUGAGUUUCUCAGAAUAUUGGAUUCGGAGUAUAUUUUUUUUGUUUGGAAGUUGAAGGGACUUCUUGAAAAUCUUUUAUGAAAAAAGAAGAUUUGUUUGCUGAAUUUGUUUUUAAUUUCAAAAUUGCAUCAGAAUCAUUCGGGAGUUUUUAAAAGAAUUGUAUAAAAAAUUCCAAACUUCUGAAAAUGUUUCAAAAAAAAAAUUUUCUCUCUGGAUUCUCUAGUGCUCAAAAUUUCUAGAUUUUCAAAGUAUUAUUCAAACUCCAAAAAAAUCAAUAAUAUUUUUCUAGUUGGACAUUUGCGCAUUCGGAACCAAAGCAUCAAGAACCGGCAAUGAACUCGGAGAACUCAUCAAACAACUCAAAAUUGCCCCGGAAAUCCUCACAAAUUGUGUAUUUCCACCUGUCAUUGCUGGUGGCCAAAUCGAACAAGAGCUCCAAAAAUUAACUGCUCAAAAAUCAGAAAUCAGUGAUUUCAUACAGAAAAUUAAUUCAAUUGUUGAUCAUGAUGAUUAA